GUCAUGUUCAAAGAGGAGAAACGCUGCAAAUCUAUUGAACAGUGAAAGUGGACCGCUUUAUGCAAAAUGACAGAACAGAAAAGUUUGAGCAGUUGUGAUAUUAUUUCCUGACACGUUACGAUCACGCGCUGCUGUCAUAAUGUAAAACGGAGGACUGUGACUGCGUCUUAUCCGCUUGAUUUAGAGAUGAAGCCACUAAUUACUUUCGUUUUGCUAAGUCUGUGCUUGUUGCCAAUCAUUUUUGUGUUGGCAGAUUCACGCUCAUUUUCCAUCGACUACAAGAACAACUGCUUCCGAAAGGAUGGAAAACCAUUUCAGUUCAUCUCAGGAAGCAUCCACUACUCCCGCAUUCCUCGGGAAUAUUGGAAAGACAGGCUGCUCAAGAUGUACAUGACUGGACUCAAUGCUAUUCAGGUGUAUGUGCCGUGGAACUUCCAUGAGACCGUGCGGGGUGUGUUCAACUUUGCAGGAGACAGAGAUCUUGAGUACUUCUUGAACCUGGCCAAUCAGAUAGGGCUGUUAGUCAUCCUCCGACCAGGGCCGUACAUUUACACCAAUAUCACUGCAGCCUUCAUCCGACAAAGAAGGUUUGAGCCUAAAGGCCCAUUGGUGAAUUCUGAGUUCUAUACAGGCUGGUUGGAUCACUGGGGUGACAAACAUGCAUCUGUGGACACUGUCAAAGUGAGCAAAAUGCUUGGAGAGAUGUUGUCCAUGGGUGCCAGUGUGAACAUGUACAUGUUUGAGGGAGGAACAAACUUUGGCUACUGGAAUGGAGCGGAUCAUGAUACCAGGUUUCGGUCUGUGGUGACCAGUUAUGAUUACAAUGCACCUUUAUCAGAGGCAGGAGACCCCACUGACAAACUGCUUGCCAUCAGAGAUGUCAUUAAGAAU